AAAGAAGAUUAUUCAAAGUUUUGGGCGACAUACGAUACAGUUUCGAUGGAGUACGAUGAUGGCUUCCUCUCGCGUGCAAAUGACGAUAUGGGCAUUAUCUUGACUUUUGCUGGUUUAUUCUCAGCUGUCAACUCCACUUUCAUCAUCGGAAUGCAGCCUAACCCGGGAGAUAAUACAAAUGUCCUCUUGCUAAACCUAAUAAAAAUAAUAGCUGAUCCAAAUGGUGUACACGACAUCAGCAAUCUUUCCUCGUCCACGGGCUUUCCUUCCUCAACCGUCUGGGUGCAAGCACUCGCAUACGCCAGCCUCUUGUUUAGUCUCUUGGCCGCGUUCGGGGCGGUCAUGGGGAAACAAUGG